AUGAUCCUACUGAAUAACUCCCAGAAGCUGCUGACCCUAUACAAAUCCUUAGCCAGGAGCAUCCCCGAAUCCCUGAAGGUGUACGGCUCUGUGUAUCACAUCAGUCACGGGAACCCCUUCAACAUGGAGGUGUUGGUGGACUCCUGUCCUGAAUAUCAGAUGGUUAUUAUCCGGCCUCAAAAACAGGAGAUGACAGACGACAUGGAUUCAUACACAAAUGUAUAUCGUAUAUUCUCCAAAGAGCCUCAAAAAUCACAAGAAGUUUUGAAAAAUUGUGAGAUCAUCAACUGGAAACAGAGACUCCGAAUCCAAGGUCUUCAAGAAAGUUUAGAUGAGGGGAUAAGAGCGGCUGCAUUGUCAAAGUCAGUGAAGGUAGAGUAUUCAAGAGCAGGCCUCUUCAUUAUGGAAGAUUUCCUGAAUCUCCAUGCCUCCAAUAAAAGCAAGCUUGGAAGCUGGGCUGAGACAGGCCAACCAGCUGAUGAAUUUGAGAGCGAAACUCUCAAUUUGAAGUAUGCCCAGCUGGAUGUCUCUCAUUCUGGGCUGGUAAAUGACAACUGGAAUCUAGGAAAGAAUGAGAGGAGCCUGCGUUACAUCAACCGCUGCAUAGCAGCCCUGCCAACAGCCUGUAUGCUGGGCCCAGAGGGGGCCCCAAUCUCAUGGUUAACCAUGGACCCUUCUAGUGAAGCAGGAAUGGCCUACAGCAUGGAAAAAUACCGAAGUAGAGGCAUCAUGGUGCAGCUGACGUUGAGAUUCAGGAAAUAUCUGCUUCAGAAGAAUAUUCCAUAUUACUUCUCUAAACUGGACGUAAAUGAAAAGUACCGCAGGGUUAUGGGGCAGUAUGGUGGCUUUGAGGUUUCCUGUGGGUGGCACCAAUGGACCUGCUAUCCACAGAAUCUAGUUCCAUUUUAGAUAAUUAAUCUGCUUAGCAAUCCUUGGCAAGCCAUCUCUUAA